ACGGCAUCGUGCAUAUCCUGGGCUGCUGCUGCUGGUGUUGGUGCACACCAGAUGCUGCUCUUUCCCAGAUGUUCACCGUCUCUGGAACACCUUGUAUCAACCGAUAUCCUCGUUGACGAUCUGACACUUUUCACCAGCUUCUGAUGCUGCAGGCCAACAAUACCGGGCCCCGCCUCCACGAUACCUCCCACCACACUCCGUCGCAGCCCCGACGCUUCUAUCUGGAAGCUCUUCCCGUCUUCGACACUGCCUCCCUCAACCCAGAUCAGAGAGGGAACUGAUAUCCAGGCUCGGCGAUUUUGGUGCUACCAAAGUACUGACAACGGAUAUUGCAAGAUUGACCUCCGCUAUACCACAAAAGAUAAGAGAAGACAGUUGGAUUAUGCUUGCGGAGAUGGGAUGAAGAAAGUCAUACUACGAGCAGCAGUUCAUUUCGUGUGAACAGGCGCUCAACACCAAUCAUUCCUCCAAUAAAAGAUGCGGCGACAUCAUGGUCGGGCGCUAUCUCCAUAUCACGGACGGACAGCGUCCCCUCCGUCUGCCGAGGUGUCGCUGGUUCGCAGCUUUGACUCCAAGAUCAAUCCGUCGCGUCCUGUCAGACAAUCUCCUUUGGCAACGUCCCAGAUACAGGGAAUGCCAUUGGAUUUGAUUGAACGCAUCCGAUCAUUCCCUCUGUUUCAAGCCACACCGGACAGCUUUCUAGGUGAAAUCGGACUUCUACUCAAGCCUCAAUUGCACAAUGCGAAUGACUACAUCAUCACCGAAGGUGAAGACGCCAAGGCGAUGUGCUGGCUUGUUCGAGGCGCUGUAGCUGUCACUUCGCGGGACGGUGAAAGUACCUACGCCGAGUUGAAGCCAGGCGCGUUUUUCGGGGAGAUCGGGAUCCUUAUGGAGCGUCCUCGCACUGCUACGGUGAUCGCGCGAUCGAGAUGUCUGGUCCUUACACUGAAAAAGGAAGAUCUUAAGAAGAUACUGCCUGCGUAUCCAGAUGUCGAGCGGGCCAUCAGAGAAGAGGCGCUGGAAAGGUUGACACAAUUGGAGAAGAAGAAGAGACAAGUACUCCUAGGUACAGAAGAUGUGCCGUCAACGGCUCGGAGAGGAUCCAAACGAAGGGCUGCGUUCGGCGAAGAUGUCUCCAUGGACGAUGGCGACCUAAAUUCGAUCAACUCAAGCAAGAGACGCAAGUCCCCUAGCCCUGGCACAAAUGAAGUCUCAACACCAAGCGCGUUGGGACAUGGUCUCGUCAACAUCAGAGCCACUUUGAAGGAGAUGCCUCUGUUUGCCUCCUUACCUCCAGAUAUGCUUCACUUUCUGGGUCUCAACGCCUCGCCGAGGAGUUUCCCACCUUUCACAGACAUCAUCAAGCAAGAUACACAGGGACGCGAGGUCUACUUCAUCGUCCGCGGCGAAGUUGAGGUACUUGAUGAAAAGAGUGUCUCGAGCCCGAAACUUCACCAAACCAAUGUCCCGAAUGGUGUACCACCAACACCUCUGGUCAAGGCACGUCUCAGACCUGGGCAGUAUUUUGGAGAAGUCGUGAGUUUGUCGCUCGCCGACCGCCGAACAGCCACUGUUCGUUCUGUUAGCCAGGUUGAGUGUUUGAUGAUUUCAGAGGAUGUGUUGGCGGACUUCUGGAAACGCUGUCCUCCAGAGAUAGUACAGCAAAUUGAGCAGACCGCGAAGCAGAGAUUACAAACAGCAUCUGACACUGACAUUUCCAUGAACGAUGCAGAAACAGAACCCAAGAUUCAUCAGCUAGUGAUCGCAGAAGCAAAGGAGAAGGCCACCAAGAAGAUUAGUCAAGCACCCAGAGUGACCUUUACAGAUGCGGAGCUUAGCAGCUCUAUACAACCUGGUCCAGGAGAGGAAUCGAAAACACUCGAGCCAUCAGAUCCCGACCCAUUCUUGAGUGAAGGGCUAGAAAAGGUCAAAUCUAGGUCCAGAAGAGGCUCACUUGCGCCGCCACCUCCCGAUGAGCAGCCGAAGGAAUACAGAAGACGAUCUCCCAGGAUAUCACCUGUCGUCACUUCGAGCAGUCCGUCCCCACGAAGUUCGGUGUCCGGGACGCCAUCUCCUACAUCUGAGCAGAAGGGCUUCAGUUUUCCUUUCACAGACCCUUUCUCACCAGGAGGUCAACCCAAACCACGGUCGAGGUCGCGUCGCGGGUUGAAUUGUGGCAUGAUUCCAGAAAAACUCCUCCCACUAAUAUUCCAAUAUCUCGAACUUCACGAACUAAUGCGAUUGCAACAAGUUUCAAUCCUUUGGCAAAACAUCCUCAAUAAUGCACCCAACCUGCUACAUCGCCUCAAUCUAUCACAAUAUAAUCGGAAGAUUACAGACCACGUUUUGGUACAUCGCAUCUGUCCUUUCGUGGGCGCAAGGCCCCGUUUCAUUGACUUGAGCAAUUGUUUCCACGUCACAGACGAGGGCUUCAACGCUUUGGUAAAUACAUGUGGUGCCAAUGUCCAGGCCUGGCGCAUGAAAAGUGUCUGGGAUGUUACUGCUCCAGCAAUACUGGAGAUGGCAAACAGAGCUCGUGGACUGAAAGAGGUUGACCUCAGUAAUUGCCGCAAAGUGAGCGACACAUUACUAGCCCGAAUGGUAGGUUGGGUGGUGCAAUCACAGCACCAAGUCCCGAGUCAGCGCAACAAGUUGACCACGCAACGUCCCACUGUGAACACGAAAUCAAUUAAUUCUGCUCCACAACCAGCCCCUGGCACAGUCAUUGGCUGUCCCGAGCUGUCUUCGGUCACCCUGAGCUAUUGCAAGCACAUUACCGACCGGACAAUGGCGCAUAUUGCAACACACGCUCAUCAACGCAUUGAAUCGAUGGACUUGACCCGGUGUACGAGCAUUACAGAUGCCGGUUUCCAAUUUUGGGGGAACGUCAAAUUCGAACGGUUGAGAAGAUUAUGCUUGGCAGAUUGUACUUAUCUCAGUGAUCAAAGCAUCGUGUGGCUUGUCAAUGGUGCUGGUAGUGGUUUGCGACAGCUUGAUCUUUCUUUCUGUUGCGCCCUGUCUGAUACCGCCACAGAAGUGCUGGCUCUUGGCUGUCCGAACCUCACGCAUCUCAAUCUUUCGUUCUGUGGUAGUGCCGUCUCUGAUCCGAGCUUGAGAUCCAUUGGUCUUCAUUUGAGCUGUUUGAAAGAGCUGGCCGUUCGAGGCUGUGUACGCGUGACGGGACUGGGUGUGCAGAGCAUUCUUGAAGGCUGUCAAAAGCUCAAAGUACUUGAUGUAAGUCAAUGCAAGAAUCUGCAGCCUUGGCUUGUGGCUGGGGGUGUCGAGCGAUGGCGUUCUACCAGUCGAGACGUACAGUUUGUGGUUGUCAGCACCGGGACGAAGCUUGUACGCUGAUAUGGGGUGGACUAUGUAUCUGGAGUUAUCUAUUAGCGUUUAGCUGGGAGUUGGUCGAGGACACAGGCAUGUACGAUGUGACGACACUACUUUUGCGAUAGUAUUUGGGGACAUUGUCACAAUACUUACUUGGACAAGACA